UCAGCAACGUGACAGUUGGUCUGUCACGUAAAAAAGUGCUGAGAAAAAUUUCUUAUUUGAUUUUUCUCAAUUUUCACCACCUUUUCUCUCUUUUUGUGUGAUUUUUCUUUUAUAUUUUACAUUAUUAAAUACACGGGUUAUCGUCUUGAAUGCAUUUCUUGCGUAGACGACAGGUAUUAGUUGGAAUUUUUAGGAAAAUAUUGAAGCAAAGCAACGAAAGGGAUUGUUCAUGGAAUAGCGUGAUUGUGACACGAAGAACAUUUUUUGGGGGAAAAAUCAUGUCGAGAAAUGCAGCAGAGAGUCUCCGGGAAGGAGCCCCAAAUGGCUCUACAAAAGUGAUUACAAGGUUUGAUAACAUCAUAAAGUCUCCGGAGGACAAUAGAAGCUACCGCGGAAUUGUAUUGACCAAUGAGAUGAAGGUACUCCUUGUGAGUGAUCCCACAACUGAGCGUUCAGCUGCUGCAUUGGCCGUUGAUGUGGGGCACCUGAGUGAUCCGGAUGAGAUUCCGGGGUUGGCACACUUCCUGGAGCACAUGCUUUUCCUUGGGACGGAAAAGUACCCCAAUGAGAAUGACUAUUCGACGUAUUUGGCUGAGAAUGGGGGCAAUUCCAAUGCCUCCACGUAUGCAGACAUUACAAAGUUCUACUUUGACAUUGUUCCGGAUAAGCUUGAGGGGGCACUUGAUAGAUUUGCACAAUUCUUCAUUGCUCCCCUGUACACGGAGAGUGCCACUGAUCGGGAAAUUAAUGCCGUGCAAUCUGAGCACGAGAAGAAUAUCCCAAUGGAUUCAUGGCGGGUGCGCCAGGUGAAUAAAUCCCUCUCAAAUCCACGACAUCCAUACAGUAAAUUCGGUACGGGGAAUAAGAAAACUCUCGAUGAGGAUCCCAAGGCCAAGGGGAUCAACAUACGCGAUGAAUUGCUCAAGUUCCAGGGACGAUGGUAUUCGGCUAAUAUUAUGUCUCUUGCGGUAUUUGGGAAGGAAUCCCUGGAUGAGCUUGAGGAGAUGGUGACGUCAAAGUUCUCACAGGUUGUCAAUAAGAACGUAACGGCACCCACAUGGCCAGAAUCCCCGUAUACGGACAAUGAGACCGGGGUGAGGGUGUGUGUUGUCCCCGUGAAGGACACACGAUCCCUCACUGUGACCUUCCCAUGCCCAGAUCUGGAGGAAUUCUACAAAUCCAGCCCUGAUAAGUACAUUACGCACUUGCUGGGGCACGAGGGCAAGGGGAGCCUCCUGUCGGAGCUGAAGAACAAAGGGUACUGCAAUAAUUUAAUGGCAGGGUAUACCUUGGCUGCACGGGGAUUUGGUUUCUUUGACAUUGUGGUGGAUUUAACACAGGAUGGCUUUGAGAAUGUUAAUGAUGUCAUUCAGCAUACAUUCCAGUACAUCCAGAUGCUACGCACAGAGGGUCCCGUGAGGAGGAUUUUCGAUGAAUACCGUCACAUUUUGGAGAUGCAGUUCCGCUUCAAGGACAAAGAGGGACCCCUAUCACUCGUUUCGAGUGUUGUGCACUCAAUGCGCAUUCUCCCCUUUGAGGAUGUCCUCUCGGCGGGAUACUUCAUCUCCGAAUGGCGUCCGGAUCUCAUUGAUGACAUUCUUAAGUACCUGCACCCACAGAAGAUGCGUGCUGUUGUGGUGGGAAAGAAGCUGGAGCCAAUGUGCAAUAGAACGGAAUUUUGGUAUGGGACCAAAUUCUCCGUGGAGCCAAUUGACAAUGAUACCCUCCAGCGGUGGUGUGCAUGCGAGGCAAAUCCCCAAUUUUAUCUACCCGAAGAGAAUCACUUUAUCCCCACGGAAUUCUCCCUGGCACCGCUUGAGGAGGAAAUUGGGGAAUUUCCGGCAAUAAUCUACGACACAACGUACAUUCGGGUGUGGCAUAAGCAAGAUGCGGAAUUCCGGAAGCCGAAGGCACUCAUGAAUUUUGACUUCUCCAGCCCACUCGUGUAUUCGGAUCCGCACAAUUGCAAUCUCACCCACCUCUUUGUCAUGCUAUUCCGGGAUCAUCUCACUGAGUACCUGUACAAUGCGGAAUUGGCGGGAUUGCGCCUAAGUGUGGGGAAUACCCUCAAUGAGAUUAGUAUCAGUGUUAGUGGAUUCAGUGAGAAGCAGAAACUCUUUCUCGAUGACAUCCUCAAUGUGCUGUACAACUUUGAAGUGGACCCAAAGAGAUUUGACAUUUUCAAGGAGAAGUACACCAGGACGCUGAAGAACUUUGAAGCAGAGCAGCCGUAUCAGCAUGCUGUCUACUACCUCGGGGUACUUCUCACGGAAUUUGCGUGGACAAAGAAGGAACUCCUUGAUUCGACUAAAGCUGCCACUCCGGAAGCUCUUCAGCAAUUCAUCCGGGACUUUCUCUCACGUGUCCACGUUGAGUGUCUCAUCUAUGGGAAUGUCACAAAGAGCGAUGCAAUGGAUUUAGCACAAAUUGUUGAGAAGCACCUCAAGAUAAAUUCCAUAACAUUACCCCUUUUGGCGCGACAACUCUUCCCGAAGCGCGAAUAUAAGCUCGGUGAGGGGAAGAGUUUCCUCUUCCGGAAGAAUAAUCAAUUCCACAUGGCAUCGUGUACGCUGUUCUACAUUCAAUGCGGCGUACAGAGUGAUGAGAAUAAUGUUUUUACGGAUCUUGUGGCGCAAAUCCUUUCGGAGCCGUGUAAUAAUGUAUUGCGGACAAAGGAGCAAUUGGGCUAUAUUGUCUUCUGUAGUGGGAGGAAGAUGAAUGGGGUACAGGGUAUACGGAUUCUUGUGCAAUCUUCUCAGCCAACGGCAUACGUGGAGGAGAGGAUGGAACUCUUCUUGGAUUCUAUGGUGGAACAAAUUGAGAAUAUGACAGAAGAGGAAUUUCAGAGGCACAAAGAUGCAUUGGCGGCAAUCAAGUUGGAAAAGCCACGACAAUUGGUGUCGUGGUUCACAAAGUAUUGGAUUGAAAUUGGUCUGCAGCAGUAUCACUUCUCACGAGGGCAUGCUGAAGUGGCCAUCCUCAAGGGGGUGACAAAGGCAGCACUUCUAGACUACUACAAGUCAUCUAUUCUCAGGACAUCCGCACGGAGGCAGAAGUUAGCCAUUCACAUUGUCUCAUCGCAAAAUGAUGGUGACAGUGGGAUGGCUAAUGUGGAAGAGAAUCCACCACUACCACCACCCAAAGGUGUGGAAUUGGUCACGGAUUUAUCCACAUUCAAGUCAAGUAAGGAAUUGUAUCCGGUGGUACAGCCCUACAUUGACAUCCGGCGAAAGGGGGCACGGAGUAAACUGUAGUAGAUGAUUUUGUUGUUGGAAUGAAUUUUGAGUAUUUUAUCGGAA